CGUGACGUCGCUGUAAACACUUGACGCGGAAGUGCGCGAGACGCCGAGAUUUAACGACAAACCGCCGGGCGUUCGGUUAAAAAAUGUAUAUGUUUGAAGCGCUCCUGUAGCAACGUAUCAAAAGCUCACGUUCAACAAUGACGAAUGCCAAUUUACAGAAAGCCAUUGAUUUGGCCAGCAGAGCCUCUGAGGAGGACAAGGCCAAAAACUACGAGGAAGCUCUGCGCCUUUAUCAACAUUCAAUCCAGUAUUUUCUUCAUGUGGUAAAAUAUGAUGCUCAGGGAGAUAAGGCUAAGCAGAGCAUCAGAGCGAAGUGCACUGAGUAUCUGGAGCGAGCGGAGCAGCUCAAGCUGUACCUGAAGAAGAAAGAGAGCGCGCCGCCCUCCAAACCUGUCAAAGUCCCCCAGUCUGACGAUAAAGGAACUGACAGUGAUGACGGCGAUGCUGAGAAAAAGAAAUUCCAAAAUCAACUCCAAGGUGCUAUCGUCAUGGAGAAACCCAACAUUAAGUGGGACGACGUUGCUGGCUUGGAAGGAGCCAAAGAGGCCCUUAAAGAAGCGGUCAUCCUGCCAAUCAAAUUCCCCCAUCUCUUCACUGGGAAGCGCACUCCGUGGAGAGGGAUUCUGCUCUUUGGUCCUCCAGGAACGGGAAAGUCCUACCUGGCCAAAGCGGUGGCUACCGAAGCCAACAACUCCACCUUCUUCUCCAUCUCGUCAUCGGACCUGGUGUCCAAGUGGCUGGGAGAGAGCGAGAAGUUGGUGAAGAGCUUGUUCGGUUUGGCUCGGGAGCACAAGCCUUCCAUCAUCUUCAUCGAUGAGAUCGACUCCUUGUGCGGCUCCAGAAACGAGAACGAGAGCGAAGCGGCCCGCAGGAUCAAGACUGAGUUUCUGGUCCAGAUGCAAGGCGUAGGAAACGACAACGAAGGAAUUCUGGUCCUUGGAGCAACGAACAUCCCCUGGACGCUGGACUCUGCCAUCAGGAGAAGGUUCGAAAAGCGCAUCUACAUCCCUCUUCCCGAGGAGCACGCUCGCUCUUCCAUGUUCAAGCUGCACCUCGGCUCCACUCCCAAUAGCCUCAGUGAAGCUGAUUUCAUAACUCUCGGGAAGAGGACUGAUGGAUACUCGGGCGCUGACAUCAGCAUCGUCGUUCGGGACGCUCUCAUGCAGCCCAUCCGCAAAGUUCAGUCCGCCACCCACUUCAAAACGGUCAGAGGAAAGGCGUGGAACAACCCAGAUGUUGUGGUGGAUGACCUCUUAAUGCCCUGCUCUCCAAACGACCCAGGGGCGAGCCAGAUGACCUGGGUGGAUGUAGCGAGCGAUAAACUCCUAGAGCCGAUAGUCAGCUUGGAGGACAUGCUGAGGUCACUGGAGAAAACCAAGCCCACCGUGAACGAGGACGAUCUGGAGAAGCUGAAGAAGUUCACCGAGGACUUUGGCCAGGAGGGAUGAGUUUUUGCAGGCUUUACGUGGCAUUUAUUUAUACUUUUAUCCAUCAUGUUUACAAAGCUCCUUCUCCAUAUUUUAUUUUGGUCAGCCUUUAAGCCUGCGAGGGGGGGGUGUAACAAUUUUCUGAGCCUUCAUCCUGAUCGUAUCCAAUCAGAUUAGAUUAAUUAUUACUAAAAAUCCUCUUCACUUUAAAUGGUUUGUUACAAAUGGGUCGUGAUAUUUUUACUUGGACAUUCGAGAGAGAUAAAACAAGAUCAUUUAUAUUUAACUUGGUCACUUGUGCCUCAAUGUCUGUAAAUGACUGUAAGACGACCAGUCUUAAAUCCACUAACAUUGAAUAAAUAACUUGGGAUGAGAAUCAAAGACAACCAAUGAGCUGUGAAAAAAGUGUUUACAGAUAUGGGAGUACAUGUUUUGGGUGUGCAGUCCUUUUUCUUUGUCGCCUUUGAAGUGUUUUUCUACUCUGCUUUUCUACUUUCGUCUGUAAAUAAAGUGUUUAAAACUA